AUGUAUACUACCUACUACAUUAGUACACUCCGCAAUCAGUGCCUAACGGUGCCCGAUCAGCUGGCAUUUGACCUCCAUCCAAACUUGAUUACCGCUCAUCGUUUUGCAACCACCCCUUACCGUUCUGUCAACCUCACGUACAAGCCCAAAUAUCAAGCCAAUCUACACACGAAGAUGCAGUCGGCAACUCAUACUAUAGAUCCAGAUGGUGAAGUCAUCAUCAUCUUGCGCAAUGCAAACAGUCCCUUUGCUCAACUGGAGGAAGAUGCAUACACCCAUCAAUGUGUUGGAUCGCCUCAACUAUCAUUUGACAACCUCGCAAGCUCCGACGGGUUGACUACGAUAUCAGAACUCAAUUACGAGCGGACAGAGCAGAGUGAUAAAAUGAAAAGCCGAAAGAAAGAUAAAAAGAAAAAGGCGAAGAAAUAUAAAAGAGAAUGUUCAGCUGAAGAGUCCGCUGUUGGGGCUCCCAUGGCUGAAGGGUGCCCUGUCGUUGCCGAAGAGUGGCCUGUCGAUGCUGAUGAGUCUACUGUUGAGGCUCCCAUGACUGAAGAGUCCGCUGCCAAUGGUGAAGAGUCUACCGUCAUGGCUUUCGUUGCCGAAGAGUGUACUGCCGAUGCUGAAGAGUCCACUGUUGGGGGUCCGAUCGCUGAAGAGCCUCUUACCGAAUGCGACAUAGACCAGAAUUGCUCGCGUAUUCAGGUUUCCGCAAAGCAUCUGAUGCUUGCCUCGCCUUUUUUCAAAAGACUACUUACUGGAGGCUGGAAAGAAAGCGUUACUUACUUCCAGAAGGGCUCGGUGGAGAUCAUCGCCGACGGCUGGGAUAUUGAAGCGCUCAUGAUAUUACUGCGGGCUAUCCAUGGAAAAUACCGCGACAUACCUCGAAAACUGCCACUGGAGAUGCUUGCAAAAGUUGCUGUCAUUGCAGACUAUUAUGAAUGCCGGGAGGUGUUGGAUCUUCUGGCAGAGGUGUGGAUCGAAAAGAUGGACGAGAAGAUCCCGUCGGCAACUUCGAGAGACUUAGUUCUAUGGUUAUGGAUAUCUUGGUUUUUCCGACUUCCUGAAGAGUUUCAAUCAUCUACAUCUAUUGCUAUGUCGCAGAGCUAUGGUUGUAUUGAUACUCUAGAACUUCCGAUUCCAGAAGAUAUUACAGCUCUGAUGAAUGAACGUCGAGAACUGGCAAUCGAAAAUGUGAUGGAAUUUCUUAGUAAAACACGCGAGGAAUAUCUACUCAACGUCCGAGGUUGCAGCUUUGAGUGUCGCUCAAUCAUGUAUGGUGCUUUGGCUAUUCUGUCAAAAGAUCUCCUCAAGUCAAACCCUGAGCGCCCUUUUUCAAACUGGAGUUACUAG